UGGCGCCUAAUCUGAAAGUAUUGCAAGUUCUUCCCUCCAGUUUUGAACUCGGUAGAAUUAUACAGAUAUUCAGUGAGCAGCUUGAGGAGCUUUAUUUUACUUUAGAUAAUACACGAAAAUUUAGGCUUAUGCGAGGUGAAAGAGAAUUUUCCAAUUUAAGAAGUUUAACGUUAGAGUAUUCACCUGGAUGGGACAUGUGGUUUCGUUUGUUUGGCUUAACAACCACAACGACAAAGCCUUUCGCCGCACUAACGUACUUGAAGUUAAUUACGCAAUACCGGUCAGCAAAAAAUUUCUUUGAGGAUUGUUGUUCCUACUUUUUUAAAAAUUCUACGGAUUUAGAAACGGUGAUAAUUGAGGACAACUUUAUAUCAGGUCAUAUCAUAGAGGAGAUUAAUAGGUUACAGAAAUUAAAAAUAUUGGUUCUACGUAUUCACAUUGUAAGAUCAAUACCGUACGGCGACGGCCUAAGGACACCAGGUCUCAUCUUACCACAACUGACAUCGCUUACAAUGGUUGCGGAAUCUCCGAUUGCGCUUUAUAAAGUUCCGAAUUUAAAAACACUCCAAUUGGUGCAUCGUAGACCACUAGCUACAUAUAGCUAUGAUUAUAUAGCAACUAUGUUCAUCGUUCCUCGCAAUCUAAUUGUGGUUGAACUUUACUCGUUCAUUUUUUCCGAUUUAAAACUGCAAAAGCUGAUACUGAAUGCAAUAAAGCUUGAAUCUGCAUUCAUCGAUGAAAUAUGUAAACUAGCCACACUGGAAGAAAUACAGUUUUAUGGAGUAACUAUGGACCAACUCGAGGUGCCCAAAAUUCUACAAUCGCUUACCGAAAUACGCCAGAUCGAGUUUAUUCGGUGCAAUCUACUAACGCAAAAGUCUCCCCAAGAUGUCGACCAAAUUGCCGAUUUUCUCGAGGACAAACUGGUAAAGAACUUUAUCCGGAAUCUGCGAGUGCGUUAUUCAAACUGCCGCAUAAUCAAUCGCAAUAGUGGAUGUAAACUCCUAGCACCGAAAGUUGGAUAAGCGAUUGGUGCAAAAA